AUGCGCAGCAUGCACCCCAGGGAAGCAAUCCAUGGCCAUGGUGAAGCAGCUGGCACCCGAGCGAGCCCGUGCUGGUGCGGUGACUCCUGCCCCAGCCCCGGUACCGGGGGCAGAGGGAUGGGUGAGCACAAAAUGAGGCUUCCCCGCUGGUGGGCCCACAGCCAGCACCGCCGGCCGGUUCAGCUGUUCCCCCUCCGGUUGUCCGUGUUUCCGAAGCGUUACCACGCCGCGCGGAGGCGCCCCCGGGGCGGGGUGGGCACCGCCCGCUCCCGGCGCUUCGCUCGGCCCACGCGGGGUUUUCCCCGCGGGGAGGUCCCCGAGGGCAGAGCCCAGCAGCGAGGCGGGGCCGGCCGCCCUCCCGGUAGCGGCGGCGGGAUGCGGCUGCCGGAGCUGUGCCUGGCGCUCCUCUACGCCGCCGGCACCGGAGCCCCGCGGGCAGCCCGGGAGCGGCCGCCGGCCCCGGGAGCGGCCCGCGUGGACCCCCGGCAGGCGUGGAUGCUGCUGGCCGGGAGCCCCGGGAGGAGCAGCGGCGAUCGGGGCCGCGGCGGCACCGGGGCUCGCUCGGCACCGGCGGGCCCCGGCUCUCCGGGAAAAACAACCCCGGCAGCCGCGCAGACCGGCGGCAGCGGGGCCGGCCCGGCCUCCCCCGCCCUGCCCGAGGAGCUGCGGAGGGAGCUGCAGCUCCUGCUCAGAGGCACGGCAAAGAUGUGCAGGACAGCUGGGGAAGGGUGUAAGGAAGAAGAAAGCAGCAAAGGCAGCCCCCGCGCCAGGGCCCAGCGUCGUGUGGAAGCAGCCUUCCAUUGCCAAACCCGUGAAGACAUCGUUGUGGAGAAGAUGUGGCAGGAGCUGGGGCUGUUCUAUAUUCCUGAGAGGGAGGGGAUGUUCCACCGUGGCCCAGGGCUGAACCUGACCAGCGGGCAGUACACAGCCCCCUUUGCAGGAUACUACACCUUCAGCAGCACGCUGCACAUUGCACGCCGGGAGCCGCGGAGGAGGAGGCAGGGAUGCCGAGGGAGCCGCCUGCGGGUGCUGAUCUGUGUGCAGUCCUGCUGCCAGCACAACAGCCAUUUGGAGAGCAUAUCCCAGCUGGAGAGCAGUGGUGACCUUUUCACCAUCUCUGUCACAGGCACCCUGUACCUGCAGGCUGGGCAGUAUGCCUCUGUUUUCGUGGACAACACGGCAGGCUCUCCCCUCACAGUUCAAAGUGGCUCCGAUUUCAGUGCUGUUCUGCUGGGAGUGUGAAGAGGCUGAACCAUGCUGAACCUGUGCCAGGAGCAGCCAGACCCUUCCCUCUGUCAGCCACCAUCAUGAUCAGCACCAAGCCUAAAGAAAACUGUUUGCUCAUGCCGGAAACUACAGUCUGGUCCGACACUGCUCACACUGCAGAACCAGCUAAAGAUGGACAAAAGAUCAUGAUGAUGAUGAUGAUGAUAGUAAUAAAGCAGCCUGACCAGGAUAUAAA